UGCGCACUGAUGUAAAUCAUAAUAUUAUUAUCAACUUUCAAGUAAGUACUGCACUCAGUUCAAUUAGAACAGCCAUGUAUUUAGAAUUCUGCAUUAUUAAUUCUUAAUAAGAAAGCUUGCAGGAUGAAAAACUAAGUUAUAUCCCAAAACAUUUUGCACUACUCAAUGAUUCAUGACGCACGUCAGCAAUUGUGUGGUUUUAUAUCAGUCGUAUUUUGCAGUUAGGUUCAAAAUAAAACGCAUAGUAUUCUGCGUUUUUCUUUUUUUGAAGUACUCGUACAAAUGGCCAGCUGAUUAAUGAUUCCGUUAUCCCUGCUGAGAAUUCGUACAUUCUUGAGAACAACCAACAGGCGUUACAAAUUUCGAUGCUGGUGCCCAGGGCCCGUGGUCUUAAUAUAAGUUAUUAUCGUGUUACUGCGGAAAACGAUUCACCUUUGGAAGUCAGUUUUGUCGAUAUGAAGCUUCGCCCGCUGGGUCUGACCAAUUAUUCGGUUUGCGCAGAGGACCGUUUGGAAGUUUACGACUGGAACCAUCAGUAUAUACGUUUGGACAACCGAUGCGGAGAUAGUACGCAAGGGACGGUGCAGUCGUACACCAAUACCGUGUUGAUAGUGCUCAGCACUGUUGGUGGAAGUCAAGGAAAUUUGGGAGCCACAAUUGUCGUCAGACGAAGCUGCGGACAGUACAGUUUUACAUGUCCGUCGGAUCCGUCCAAUCGGUGUCUAAAAGGGGAGCGCAUAUGCGAUGGGCAUAAAGAUUGCCCUGGUGGUGAGGACGAGAUCUGCACCAACAACUGCGGCCUGCCGUUUUAUCCAUCGUCGGCCGUUAGUUUACCACAAACCCGCAUUAUCGGAGGAGCAGAAGCGGAUGCUAACAGUUGGCCGUGGCAAGUCUACAUCAAAUUCCGCGAACAGCUGGGGUCACUGAAAUACAACGCAUGCGGUGGUUCGAUAAUCGGCCCGCAAUGGGUAGUGACAGCAGCCCACUGCUGCGCUCGGUCCACCACUAACAAUAUUACAACGUUGUAUCCAACUGAGCAAGUCGAAGUAAUAGUUGGCGCCCACAACUCGAAAGUCUUCACCGACGACCAGAAGAAGAAGGUCAACUUUCUGAUCAUCUCUCCGUUUUAUCACCCAAAAGUCAUGCCCAAGUAUCUAAGUGAUUUCUGUAUUCUGAAGUUGGCACAACGACUAACGUUCACGUCGACGGUGUCCGCGGUGUGCCUGCCGCGCGGACCGCCACCACCGUCAAACACGAUCUGCAUGGUAACGGGUUGGGGGCAGAUAAAACCGCGGUUAUCGAACCAGACUGGAGAAGGCAAGGGAACAGACGUAUUACUGCAGGUCGAUUUACAGUUGAUCAGUAACAAUGAAUGUGGAACCAAAGUGCCAGGAUUGGCACCGGAGAUGGUCUGUGCACAAGGAGCCAACAACAAAACGGAUAAAGACGCGUGUUCAGGAGAUAGUGGCGGCCCAUUGGUCUGCCGGCUACCGAAAUCCAGUCCCAUACAGUGGGAACUUAUUGGACUUACAUCUUACGGAAUCGGUUGUGGAAUAGGCUAUCCCGGAGUGUACACCAGUAUGCGUCAUAUGAUGGCCACCCUGAUCAGAACCCUGUAUGCUAUGCGAUUCGACGGAUGGUUUUCCGAAGCGGACACGAUGAUUAAGCCAUUGGACACUGGGAAUUUGUCCACAGGAGACUAUCAAAUUCAGGUGGACGACCAAAAAGUGCCGGUUCAUCAGUCAUUACUAGAACGAAGCGCUAACAGCCAACAGAAACUUGUAGUGGGCUUUACACUUUUUACUAAUAUGCAUGUGUUUUUCUUGAUGUACCGGUUGCUAUAAAUUAUGCUCUGAUCCCUGUUUCUAAAAUACUGUGUGUGCAUUAUUGUUACGAUACAUGUCAAAUCUGACUCCGGCAAGCUAGUAUUGGGACUCUGUUUUCAUCUCUUCUUGGCUGCAGUAAUCGACCACGUUUAUUGUUUUACAAUUUACAGUCAGUUUUAGUUUUACCACAAUAAAUUUCUGUAAUU